AUGACCAGAACCUGGUCGAAGAUCAUGCUGGCACCCAAGGACACGGGCAGACGCUUGCUGAAGUGCUCGCACGACAUCAAGAUGCACAAGCGCACCCUCAGCAGCUUUGCAUUCAACAUCUCCAAGACCUCUACCUGCCUUAAGCCCAUACAAUUUCGGUACACUAUCGGGGUCGACCACACGAGAGUGUCCUACGACGUUCAGCAGACACCGUCCGUGUACACCUUAGUCAAGGACUGCGUCAUGAUCAUCACAUGUCUCUGCCACACGACAGUCCACAUUCGCAUGUUCGUCAACGCUCCGCGCGCGUACGCCAACCACAAGCACCAAAACCGCGCAGGUUCCAAGUUCAGCGGUGGUGUCGGCCUCACAGUACAGCAACGAAUGAUGAUUGACGAGAGUGCCCGCCGCAAGCUGCGCUCGAGACGAUUGGCCUUGACAAAGACCACGUCGGAAGCUUCGAAUCUUAAUCAGCAAUGCGACAACUAA